AUGGAUUUCCCACAAGAAGAUUUCGGGCACCCAGAAAGGUCUUACAAAGGGCUUAUAUGGGCACCUGGUGGGAUACUUCCGGAAUCAUUUAGAAAGGACCGCGAAGGCUUAGAUAUUACAACUACCGGUCCCGAUUCCCAAGCCGAGGAAUACGAGCUUUGUUGGGUCUGUGGGUGGACGAAUUUCAACCAAUAUUGCUCUACCUAUGCAUCACGAGUUCGAUGCCUUAAAACUCGACAUAACAGUGGUAUGUGGGCUUUAGGAUCGAAAUAUCUUCUUAAGGAUAUUCCGAACAACAGCUAUUCUCCUGGAAACGACUAUAUUACGCAAAAGUUUCUACAUAGCCAGCCAGGCUUGAGCAUUCCUCUCGUUGAUAGAAUUGAGCUUCUAAGCCAGCCUACAGACAAGACCUACCUCUUGUUAAUGAGCCGAGCUGAGGGUCAGUCGCUUGAUAAAGUAUGGGAUAGUUUAUCGGAAGAGAAGAGAAGUAAUAUUCGAGAACAGCUUCUGAUCUAUUUGAGAGAGCUUGGUCAAUUUACAGCUCCUAAUGCUCAAACUGUCGAUGGCGGACAACUCAACGACCGGAUUAUUGGAGAAUGUUCUACGAUGCCAAGUUGUAAAAGAAUGGGGUCCACGACAGAGGAGUGGUUUGAGAAUAUCGCAGAAGAGUUACGAGCAGGCAUAUCUAAGAUCCAUAAAACGAAAGACUCGGCACGUAUUGAAUUGGAGCUUCAGAAGAUGAAAGACAAUUUUCCGAAUCCAGAGCCAUAUGUGUUUACUCAUGGAGAUCUGACCUAUGGUAAUAUUAUGGUCAAAGACGAUAAGAUAACAGCAAUUAUUGACUGGGAGUAUGCUGGGUAUCAUCCUUGGUGGGUAGAGUGUUGGAUUCACUGUAAUCGCGCACACGAUGGGAGCUAUGAUCUAUUAAUGCCAAUAUGGGGUCGGCUUUCUCCACGUUUUGAGGGUCAGAGCUUUAGGAAAGAAGUAACUGCAAAGCUUCGACCAGUUUUAGAAGCCUGGAACGCAAGUCCUAUAUCGCAAAAAAGGAAUCUUGACGCCUGGUAUCGUCCACCGUUCGCUGAGAGUGAACCUUGGGCGGGGCGUUUUCAUGUGGGGGGUAUGGGUGAAGAGAAAAGGGUUCCUCACUACAUAGAGCCAGGCCAGUAG